GUACGCAGCUGGAGCGGACAGCACAGCUUCCGGGAUUUGGCGGGGCCUUUGUCUCUUACUGCAGCCGGCGCUCCACGUCUCCUCUUCACUGCUCUGUCUCCUCUGCGUCCAGGGUCACCGAUGUGACCCUGUUACCAGCAGGAACUUGGAGCUUCACAACUAAGACUCCAGGAUCCCCUGGAAACCUAGAAAUGGGACCACUGACAUUUAGGGAUGUGAAAAUAGAAUUCUCUCUGGAGGAAUGGCAAUGCCUGGACACUGCACAGCGGAAUUUGUAUAGAGAUGUGAUGUUAGAGAACUACAGAAACCUGGUCUUCCUUGGUAUUGCUGUCUCUAAGCCAGACCUGAUCACCUGGCUGGAGCAAGAAAAAGAACCCUGGAAUGUGAAGAGACGUGAGAUGGUAGACAAAACCCCAGUUAUGUGUUCUCAUUUUACCCAAGAUGUUUGGCCAGAGCAGAGCAUAAAAGAUUCUUUCCAAAAAGUGAUACUGAGAACAUGUGGAAAGUAUGGACAUGAGAAUUUACAGCUAAGAAAAGACCAUAAAAGCGUGGAUGCAUGUAAGGUGUACAAAAGAGGUUAUAAUGGACUUAACCAAUGUUUGACAACUACUGAGAGCAAAAUAUUUCAGUGUGAUAAAUAUGUGAAAGUCUUUCAUAAAUUUUCAAAUGUAAAUAGAAGUAAGAUAAGACAUACUGGAAAGAAACCUUUCAAAUGUAAAAACCGUGGCAAAUCAUUUUGCAUGCUUUCACAAUUAACUCAACAUAAGAAAAUUCAUACUAGAGAGUAUUCUUACAAAUGUGAAGAAUGUGGUAAGGCCUUUAACUGGUCCUCAACACUUACUAAACAUAAGAUAAUUCAUACUGGAGAAAAACCCUACAAAUGUGAAGAAUGUGGCAAAGCUUUUAACCGGUCCUCAAAUCUUACUAAACAUAAGAUAAUUCAUACUGGAGAAAAACCCUACAAAUGUGAAGAAUGUGGCAAAGCUUUUAACCGGUCCUCAACCCUUACUAAACAUAAAAGAAUUCAUACAGAAGAGAAACCCUACAAAUGUGAAGAAUGUGGCAAGGCCUUUAACCAGUUCUCGAUUCUUAAUAAACAUAAGAGAAUUCAUNNNGAAGAUAAACCCUACAAAUGUGAAGAAUGUGGCAAAGCCUUUAGAGUAUUCUCAAUUCUUAAAAAACAUAAGAUAAUUCAUACUGGAGAAAAACCGUUCAAAUGUGAAGAAUGUGGCAAAGCCUUUAACCAGUUCUCAAACCUUACUAAACAUAAGAUAAUUCAUACUGGAGAGAAACCCUACAAAUGUGAUGAAUGUGGCAAAGCCUUUAACCAGUCCUCAACCCUUACUAAACAUAAAAGAAUUCAUACUGGAGAAAAACCCUACAAAUGUGAAGAAUGUGGCAAAGCUUUUAAACAGUCCUCAACCCUUACUGAACAUAAGAUAAUUCAUACUGGAGAGAAACCCUACAAAUGUGAAGAAUGUGGCAAGGCCUUUAGCUGGUCCUCAGCUUUUACUAAACAUAAGAGAAAUCAUAUGGAAGAUAAACCAUACAAAUGUGAAGAAUGUGGCAAAGCCUUUAGUGUAUUCUCAACCCUUACUAAACAUAAAAUAAUUCAUACUAGAGAAAAACCCUACAAAUGUGAAGAAUGUGGCAAAGCCUUUAACCAGUCCUCAAUUUUUACUAAACAUAAGAUAAAUCAUACUGAAGGGAAAUCCUACAAAUGUGAAAAAUGUGGCAAUGCUUUUAACCAGUCCUCAAACCUUACUGCACAUAAAAUAGUUUAUACUGGAGAGAAACCCUACAAAUAUGGAGAAUGUGACAAAGCCUUUAACAACUUCUCAACCCUUAUUACACAUCAGAUAAUUUAUACUGGAGAAAAACCCUACAAAUGUGAGGAAUGUGACAAAGCCUUUAAAUGGUUGUCACACUUGAUUGUAGGUAAGAUAAUUUAUAAUGGAGAAAAAUCCUACAAGUAUGAAGAAUGUGGCACUUUUAACCAAUCCUCACACCUUAUUGCACAGGAAAGCAUUUAUACUUGAGAAAAAUUAUAUAAAGAAUAUGGAAAAGCCAUUUAUAUCUUCUCACAUCUGAACAUCAGAGAGUUCAUACUUAAUAAAAUGCGGUUACUGUCAAAAGAUCUUUCAGAAAAUAUAAGCCUUUAACAUAAGGAAGAGUAUUCUUAAGACAAACAUUGCAAAUAGAGGGUUGUAGUACCUUUACUUUUGUGAUAGAUCUUAUUGUACACAUUUUGUACCAGAGGAAAACCCUAAAGCAUUAGUUGCUCAAACUGUUCAACAUCGGGGAGUUUAUAUUGGAGAAAAACCCUGCAAAUGUAAUAAAUAUGGAAAAACAUUUUUUUCAAAAACUACAGCUUGGAAAACAGUUCAUUCUAAAAUAUAUUUUUGCAGAUGCAGUAAAUAUGAAAAAUAUUUAAUCCAAAAUUAAGUCUAUGUAAAUAUCAGAGAAUUCACAGUGGAAAUCAUAAGGCAUGAGGCACUGACACUUCAGACGUUACACUAAAUUAGAGUGUUGAGUAUAGGAAAUUCAAAACUAGAAUUGUUAGAUAAGUUAUUUAUAUAUAACUUUAAAAGAAGUGGAAGAUUUUUUGGAGAUUUAUAAUUACAUUCAAAGUAUACUUUUUUCUUGAAAAAAAUUACAGAUUUUUUGAAAAGCAAUUAAUAAUGUAAAUUAACUCUCAAAUUCAUGUUUUUCUUCAUUCCUAUUGUAUUCACAUGUGAAAUCAAGUGAUCAGUUGUUGCUGAAUCAGAGCUAUGAGAGAUUCUUUUUUAAAGGUGGGCAUUAUUUAUGCCCCUUUCUAUGGAAGAGUAAGAAAAUUAAAAUAUAAGAUGCAUGAGGAAAAUGUAGAGAUGCUCUUUGUGGUUAACUUAGAAUAUUAAGUGCUGCUUGAGGUACAUGUUUAGACUAAUAUUCUUUUGCAGUAUAGUGAGAAAACAUUUUCAGUUAAAAUUAGUGUAUCAUUUUGUUGAUUGUGCUUUUAUGUAAUAAAAUGCAGUACUUUAAAA